AUGGGCGAAGGAUGCCUCACGCUGGAUGACUUUGGAUCUCUGCAGGAUCCCCUGCCCUUCCAGUGGCAGUUCUUGGCCGGAGCUGUGGCUGGUGUGUCUGAAAUCUUGACCAUGUAUCCUCUUGAUGUCGUCAAGACCCGCUUCCAGCUUCAGGUCGGAACCGGAGGAGCUGAUGGAUACAGCUCGAUCGGCGACUGCUUCAAAAAGAUUAUCAAGAAUGAAGGGUUCGGCACGCUCUAUCGUGGUAUCAUCCCUCCCAUCAUGGUCGAGGCACCCAAGCGUGCAACCAAAUUUGCAGCGAAUGAGCAGUACACGAUUCUGUACAGGAACAUUCUCGGCAGCGAUAUCAAUAAGCAGGGUCUCGCCAUCUUGACCGGUGUCAGCGCCGGUAUCACUGAGGCCUUCCUCGUCGUUCCCUUCGAAUUGGUCAAGAUUCGUCUCCAGGACAAGGGCAAUGCCGGCAAAUACAACGGAUCGUUGGAUGCCUUGUCCAAGAUCGUCAAACAUGAGGGUCCCCUGGCAUUAUUCAACGGCUUGGAGGCCACUCUCUGGCGCCACGCCAUGUGGAACGGUGGAUACUUUGGGUGCAUCCAGGGAGUCAAGAAUGCCAUCCCUGAGGCCGAGACUCCCAACGGAAACCUGGCUCGUAACUUUGUUGCUGGUGCUGUUGGUGGUACUUUUGCCACCAUGCUCAACACUCCCUUCGAUGUCGUCAAGACCCGUAUCCAGAACCAGGCCAAGGGAACAGUGCUCAAGUACAACUGGACAUUGCCCGGUGUCGCCAUGGUCUACCGCGAGGAAGGAUUCCGCGCUUUGUACAAGGGAUUCGUACCGAAGGUUCUUCGUUUGGGUCCGGGCGGUGGUAUCCUGCUGGUUGUCUUUGAUACCGUAUCGACCCUGAUCCGCAAGCACGUCCUGCUGGAGACCGUCUAAAGGUGCCUUUGUCAAUCCAGCACAACCAACACACAAUCGGAUAGAGGCUGUCUGGGAAGGACAGCAUAUACAUAGAAGCCCCACAUUUUUAUCUCUCACUCUUCCCUCCCUCACUGCCAUUCCUCGAAAUAAAGCACCAUAUUCCUCGCU